AUGGAUCCUUUUCCUGCUCCCCGAAACCCGGAUUCUGUCCUAAGCGCCAUUCCACACUUUCGUGAAUUUGAUCUCACGGGGAAUAGAGAAUGCCAUUAUGUGAGAUUUGAACUUUUCUGCGAUUUGUCCGAUUAUAGUGGUAACAUCGGUAUCAUGAAUGGCCACCUAGUCAAUCGUGCACAUGCAGAAGAAGCAGACUUUGGAAGAGCAAUGGCACUUAUAGAUACUGAAUGCAGCCUAGAAUUGGCGAGCCAGAUAUUUGAUGAAUAUGGUCAACUGCAACAAAAGUGGUUCCUAGGGUCUCGCAAGGGCUCGGGCAUUUGGGAUGCUCGUGUAAACAUUGGCAAUUUUCUUAUGAUUGAUUUACUGAAAGUUGAAGAACAGUAUCGUCGCAAAGGCUUUGCAAAGUUUUUGGUGUCUGGAUUGCUAUUCAAGAUGAGAGCCUACAGACUCGACUACUCAUACGUUUUCACAUAUGUAGGAGAACUGGAAGGGGCAGCGAGAACAGAUGCGAUUGCAUUUUGGAGAGCAAUGGGUUUCAAAAGAAUUGGACUGUCACACGUAUUCUGUUUUGCAAUGUCAAUGAACGACAGAUCGAAGAUACCCGACGCGGAAAUAGAGGACGCAGAAAGAGAUACAUAUGAUUCCGAAGCUUCAUAUUCCACAGAAGACGAGUUUUCUUCGGCAGAGCACAGUCAUGAAGAUGAAUCAUCGCCCCGGUCGCUUGCAUCUGGGGAAUUGAACGAGCUGGACGAGCCCCAACUGCCACCCUCUAAUCAAGAUAAUGCAUCGGAACAGUCCAACAGUCCAAGUCCAGCCAUCAACGAAGAAGCUCUAGCGGUGGAGUUGUUCAGCCCAAAUGUUCAAAGUUCACACACUAGUGUCGAAGAGCCAAAUAUGAGCAUGGAAAAUUCAAUGAGAAAUCCUCGUCAGGGGGGUGAUAAUGAAGAUAGUGAGGAAAUGCCCCUCCUCUCGCCGUCAGAGGAUUUGAGUUCUCGUUUCAAGUGUUGCUGUGGAUUAUCGGUAUGGUUUAAUGGAACAUAG